GCCAAGCGGUCGUUUCUCACCCCCUCCCGCCCCGUAGCGGGGGUGGCUCUCGCGCGCCCCGGCCCCGGCAGUGCGGGAAGGGGCCGGCGGAGCCGCGCGUGGCGCUCAGUCCCGGGCUGGCGGCACCUCCCCGGGAGGCGCCCUCACAGCACGCGCACAGCGACGGGGGCCAUCAGCGGGCGCCAGAGCUGUCCCAGGCCGUUGCCACGCCAGGCCUGAUGCAGUCCCGGGCCGGGCUUCUGGGCACGCCCGAGCAGAGCGGAGGUCAGGGAGGGGUUUUCCUCCGCGGAGCAUCAGUGCACAAUUCUCCAGGGCUUGGUCUACGCUUAAUACCUGGGCUUAGCUACCAGAGUCGGGUGUGGAAAAACACCCGCCUGAGCGACACAGGCGUGCUGACAAAACCCUUCUGUCCACACAGCUGCAUCAGGGGGAGAGUGCUCUGUGUCCGCAUGGCACGGGUUGUUGGGGGAGGUGGUGUUCCGACAAUGACAGAAACAUUCCUGAAGAAGAGCUCUGUGAAUCUCGAAAGCUUGUAUCUCUCGCCAACAGAAGCUGGUCUAACAAAAAAACAUUACCUCACCCACCUUGACUCUAGAAAAAUUCCUGUGGGUGUAGGCUGCCUGCAGGAGGAGGCUAGGCACAGACAUGACUGCCAGGAAUCACAGGAGCACAGUGAGAAGAACCUGGACUUCAAUAUUGUGUGUUUCUACUGGGGUCCCGCAGGAAUCGUUUCUUAUCAGUGACCUGAGCGAAAACAUAAAAUCACCGAUAAAGUUUGCAGGUGUGGUCACAGAAGAGACUUCAGGUAAAGCAAAAAUAAAGGUGGAAAGGCGUGGCCGUGACGCGGUCCUGAAGUGUGAGAUGGCUUCAGACACGAAAUCCAAUAUAACCUGGUUGAAAGAUGGAACUCAAAUAGAGAGAAUGGGAGAAGAGUUGAAUUUGGGCGCGGAAGCGAAUGACCCGAGAGGAGUUUAUAGAUGUGAUAAUUCCGAACCUCUACAAGUGUAUUUCCGAAUGUGCCAGAAUUGCAUCGAGUUGGAUGCAGCCACCAUCUCAGGGAUCGUGGUAGCUGAUAUCAUCGCCACGGUCUUCCUGGCAAUCGCCGUGUACUGCAUCACCGGCCAAGACAGUGGCCGUCCCUUACGAGCUUCUGACCGACAGAACCUGAUCGCCAAUGAGCAGCUCUACCAGCCCCUUGGUGAGCGGGACAAUGAGCAGUACAGCCGACUAGGAGUUACCAGGACUCGCAAAUGAGAAGGGAGAGCACCUGGGGGCUCAUCAACAGUGACCCGUGGCCCUUUAUCCUGUCUCUUUUCCACAUGGGAGCCAACAAUAUUGGGGAAUCCUGCUGCCUUCGAUGCGGCCGACAAAGCCUUCACUCUGCAGCUCGGUGGCCAGAAACCAUGGUGAUGGGUGUCUCACUAAUGUGUCUAAGAAAUAGAUGAUCUCUGCUCGCAGGUGAUCCUGGGCCUUGCUUGUCUGAAAUCCCUCUGGCUCCCUGCAGUGCAGAGGGGGCUCGUAGAGCUCUCUGCUUUUUGUGAUGCUUUUGCUUUGGCAAUAAAGAGGCUUUGCCCGGGCUGGUGAGAGGA